CCACAGACACAAAGGCAAACAAAUUUCUAGGGUUAGAGUUUUUGUCUCAUGCUUCCUGAUUCUUGAAGCCCACUCUGAUUAUCGAUAAGACCAAUUUGAUGUAAAGUUUCGUUUUUUAGGGCUUCCAAGUUUGAGGUCUGCAUUUGCACAUAUUUUUAUAAUCGAAGGAUUAUAUAGUGUUAAGCUUCGUUGGGUUUCAAUUUGAUCAUGCUAGGGCUUGUUGAGUUUGUCAGUACAAAUUUAGUGUAGAUUUGUAUCACUUUCAUGUUAUAUGUUUUGGCUUCAAGAAUUGCGUCUUUGGAUCGACUCUUAGUGCUCAGGUACUGUGGAAACUGAAAUUGAGGUUUUUAGGUGGUUGAAACUGGGAGUUUAUUUAUUCAUUUAUCUCGAAGUGUUUAUUCUUUUUUGGGGAAUUGAAUGAGGAUUAAUGGUGUACUGGGUUGUAUAAAAAUCGCUGAUUUUUUCUUUUUUUGGUGGAGUUCAUAAGAAGGUUGAUACUUGUAAAUUUAUUGUUUGGGGUGGUAUUUAUUUGGGAAUUUUAUUAAUAUUGGAGUGAAUGAUCCCUGUGGGCAUGGAUUAUGCGCGGGAAACCAGUGGAGUAAUAGGCACGGUGCUAAUCCCGACCCGUUUUGUGUGGCCUUAUGGGGGAAGAAGUGUAUUUCUCAGUGGUUCGUUUACUGGGUGGUCUGAUCACUGGCCAAUGACUCCUGUUGAGGGAUGCCCCACCGUAUUUCAGACUAUUUGCAAUUUACCUCCCGGUUACCACCAGUACAAGUUUAUUGUUGAUGGUGAAUGGAAACACGAUGAGCACCAACCUUUUGUGAGGGGUAACUACGGGACGGUGAACACAAUUCUUUUAGCUAGAGAAUCUGAAUAUGUUCCUGAAAUUCUAAGUGCUCGAAUGUCUGCCGGUUCUAACAUGGACGUGGAUAAUGAGGCAUUUAAGCGUUUGGUCAGAGUUUCAGAUGGUACAUUGCACGAGGCCUUGGCAAGGAUCUCUGAAGCUGAUUUACAGGUCUCUCGUCACCGUGUUUGUGCGUUUCUAUCUACGCACAUGGCUUAUGAAUUGCUUCCUGAGUCAGGCAAGGUCAUUGCCUUAGACGUUGAUUUACCUGUAAAGCAGGCAUUUCAUAUUCUGCAUGAGCAGGGAAUUCCGAUGGCUCCUCUUUGGGACUUCUUCAAGGGGAAGUUUGUUGGAGUAUUAAGUGCAUUGGAUUUUAUUUUGAUUAUAAGAGAGCUUGGUAAUCAUGGAUCCAAUUUGACAGAGGAAGAGCUUGAGGCGCACACUAUAUCUGCUUGGAAAGAAGCAAAAUCAUAUCUUAACAGACAGAACGGUGGGCAUGGGGGAACAUUAACAAGACGACUUGUACAUGCUGCACCAGAUGAGAAUUUGAAAGAUGUUGCUUUAAAAAUUUUGCAAAAUGAGGUGGCUACAGUUCCUGUUAUACAUACUUCUUCAGAGGAGGGCUCUUUUCCGCAGUUAUUACAUCUUGCAUCACUUUCCGGAAUACUAAAAUGUAUUUGCAGGUAUUUUAGACAUUCUUCUGGCUUAUUGCCCAUUCUCCAACUACCAAUUUGUGAAAUUCCUUUGGGCACCUGGGUUCCGAGAAUUGGAGAACCAAAUCAACGGCCAUUAGCGAUGCUGAGACCCAGUGCCUCUCUUAAUUCAGCAUUGAGUUUGUUAGUUCAAGCUCAGUUUAGUUCAAUACCAAUAGUUGACGACAAUGAUUCAUUACUUGAUGUAUAUUCUCGAAGUGACAUCACAGCUUUGGCAAAGGAUAAAGUGUAUACACAUAUUAAUCUUGAAGAAAUGACUAUCCAUCAGGCAUUACAGCUUGGACAAGAACCAUAUUCUACUUAUGGGUUCAGCAGUCAGAGAUGCCACAUGUGUUUGCGCUCUGAUACAGUGCAUAAAGUAAUGGAGCGAUUAGCAAAACCAGGGGUCAGGAGGCUUAUUGUUGUGGAGGCUGGAAGCAAGCGUGUAGAAGGCAUUGUUACGCUGAGUGACAUUUUCAUGUUCUUGCUUGGUUAGUGGGAGCAUGGCGCGACAGGUGUCCCUCUGGCGACAUUGUAUGCAGUGUGUUUUUCCUCACCCAUCAUUGCUGUACCCUCCCUGGAAAAGCUUCAUGUCUCAUGGUGACUUGAUCUCAAAAUUCUCCCCAUUUAUACAAUUGGAUUGGCCUCCUGGUUCAGGGCCUGGUGUUUUUAGGAUAUUAGGCUAAGAGAAAGAGGCAUGUAAAUUUUAAGGAUUUGGUUCUUUCUGGUCUGUUCACCUUCCCUUUAUCCAAAUUAUUAUCAACUAAGCUGUGGUGCCAGUACAGCAGCAAUUUUUGUGAGCAGCAAAAGACCUGUUAUCAGUUCUAUGCUGUAUCUGAUAGAAAAGCCGAAUAAUGAAGAAAAAAAAAGAAGCAAAAUGGGAUGACAUUCAACAACUGAACACUUUGUCCAGUAGGUACUACAUUCGGCAAUCAUUGGCUAUUCAUGUGGUAAUAUUCUUCUUGGUGGAUCUUAGCUUGGUUGUUUGAAUUUAUUUAGGAGUAAUGAUAGGGAGUCUGAAUAAUUUUAUGUGGGGGUGUUAUGAUACGAUAUUAACACACAUAUUUUGGACUCCAUAUCAUAACCUUUAUGUAGAUAUAAUGCAGUAUCUAUGCUUUUAAUCGUAAUCUUAAGGAAUGGAACCAUUUGAAAAAUUAAUGAUUAAAGUAUUGAAUUUUGACAUUUAAAGAAAA